UCCCCCUUCUGCUGCUCCUGCUGCUCCCCGGUGGCCGCCGCGCUCUGGAGGAGACCCUGAUGGACACAAAGUGGGUGACCUCUGAGUUGGCAUGGACAACUCAUCCGGAGACAGGGUGGGAAGAAGUCAGUGGUUAUGAUGAGGCCAUGAACCCUAUCCGCACGUACCAGGUCUGCAACGUCCGGGAGGCCAACCAGAACAACUGGCUUCGUACCAAAUUCAUCCAGCGCCAGGAUGUCCAGCGCGUCUACGUGGAGCUGAAGUUCACCGUGCGGGACUGCAACAGCAUCCCCAACAUCCCUGGCUCCUGCAAAGAGACCUUCAACCUCUUCUAUUAUGAGUCAGAUACGGAUUCUGCCUCUGCCAACAGCCCUUUCUGGAUGGAGAACCCCUAUAUCAAAGUGGAUACAAUUGCCCCAGAUGAGAGCUUCUCCAAACUGGAGUCUGGCCGCGUGAACACCAAGGUGCGCAGCUUUGGCCCUCUCUCCAAGAAUGGUUUUUACCUUGCCUUCCAAGACCUGGGAGCCUGCAUGUCCCUCAUCUCCGUCCGGGCUUUCUACAAGAAAUGCUCCAACACCAUUGCUGGCUUUGCUAUCUUCCCGGAGACUCUAACGGGGGCCGAGCCCACUUCCCUGGUCAUCGCACCGGGCACCUGCAUCCCCAAUGCAGUGGAGGUGUCUGUGCCCCUAAAGCUGUACUGCAACGGCGACGGCGAGUGGAUGGUACCCGUGGGAGCAUGUACGUGUGCUGCUGGAUAUGAGCCCACCAUGAAGGACACCCAGUGCCAAGCGUGCGGCCCAGGAACCUUCAAGUCUAAGCAGGGGGAAGGUCCCUGCUCUCCCUGCCCUCCCAACAGCCGCACCACCUCUGGAGCAGCAAUGGUCUGCACUUGUCGAAACGGCUUUUUCCGGGCAGACACGGACCCUGCAGACAGCGCCUGCACCAGUGUCCCCUCAGCCCCCCGCAAUGUCAUCUCCAACGUGAACGAGACGUCGCUGGUGCUGGAGUGGAGCGAGCCGCAGGACACGGGCGGCAGGGAUGACCUGCUCUACAACGUCAUCUGCAAGAAAUGCAGCGUGGAGCGGCGCCUGUGCACCCGCUGCGACGACAACGUGGAGUUCGUGCCGCGCCAGCUCGGCCUCACUGAGCGACGCAUCUACAUCAGCAACCUGAUGGCCCACACCCAGUACACGUUCGAGAUCCAGGCCGUGAAUGGCAUCUCCAACAAGAGUCCCUACCCUCCCCAUUUUGCCUCUGUCAACAUCACCACCAACCAGGCAGCCCCGUCUGCCGUACCGACGAUGCACCUGCACAGCAGCACCGGGAACAGCAUGACGCUGUCAUGGACUCCCCCAGAGAGGCCCAACGGCAUCAUUCUGGACUAUGAGAUCAAGUACUCAGAGAAGCAAGGCCAGAGUGAUGGCAUCGCCAACACAGUCACCAGCCAGAAGAACUCGGUGCGGCUGGACGGGCUGAAGGCCAAUGCUCGGUACAUGGUGCAGGUCCGGGCACGCACCGUGGCGGGAUACGGCCGCUACAGCCUCCCCACGGAGUUCCAGACAACUGCUGAGGGUGGUUCCACCAGCAAGACUUUCCAGGAGCUGCCUCUGAUCGUGGGUUCGGCCACUGCAGGGCUGGUGUUCGUCAUCGUGGUGGUGGUGAUUGCUAUCGUCUGCUUCAGGAAAGGGAUGGUUACUGAACACCUCCUCUCGUCUCCUUUGGGCAGGAAGCAACGCAACAACACCGACCCCGAGUACACAGAGAAGCUGCAGCAAUAUGUUACCCCUGGGAUGAAGGUGUACAUUGACCCUUUCACCUAUGAGGACCCAAAUGAAGCUGUCCGGGAAUUUGCCAAAGAGAUUGACAUCUCCUGUGUGAAAAUUGAGGAGGUCAUUGGAGCAGGGGAGUUUGGUGAGGUGUGCCGCGGGCGCCUGAAGCUGCCUGGCCGCCGCGAGAUCUUCGUGGCCAUCAAGACGCUGAAGGUGGGCUACACGGAGCGGCAGCGGCGGGACUUCCUGAGCGAGGCCAGCAUCAUGGGCCAGUUCGACCACCCCAACAUCAUCCACCUGGAGGGGGUGGUGACCAAGAGCCGCCCCGUCAUGAUCAUCACGGAAUUCAUGGAGAACUGUGCGCUUGACUCCUUCCUCCGGUUGAAUGACGGGCAGUUCACAGUCAUCCAGCUGGUGGGAAUGAUGCGAGGCAUCGCCGCCGGCAUGAAGUACCUUUCGGAGAUGAACUAUGUGCAUCGGGAUCUGGCUGCCCGCAACAUCCUGGUCAACAGCAACUUGGUCUGCAAAGUGUCUGACUUCGGGCUCUCUCGCUUUCUGGAGGAUGACCCAGCUGACCCCACCUACACCAGCUCCCUGGGAGGCAAGAUCCCAAUCAGAUGGACAGCUCCCGAGGCCAUCGCCUACCGCAAAUUCACUUCAGCCAGCGACGUGUGGAGCUACGGCAUCGUCAUGUGGGAAGUGAUGUCCUACGGGGAACGACCUUACUGGGACAUGUCCAACCAGGAUGUGAUCAAUGCCGUGGAGCAGGAUUACCGCCUGCCACCCCCCAUGGACUGCCCCACUGCACUGCACCAGCUGAUGCUGGACUGCUGGGUGCGAGACCGCAACCUGAGGCCCAAAUUUGCACAGAUUGUCAACACGCUGGACAAGCUCAUCCGCAAUGCUGCCAGCCUGAAGGUCAUCGCCAGCGUCCAGUCUGGCAUCUCCCAGCCGCUCUUGGACCGCACUGUCCCAGAUUACACCACCUUCACCACCGUAGGAGACUGGCUGGAUGCCAUCAAAAUGGGACGGUACAAGGAAAACUUCGUCAAUGCUGGCUUUGCCUCCUUUGACCUGGUGGCACAGAUGACUGCGGAGGACCUGCUGAGGAUAGGGGUGACGCUAGCAGGGCACCAGAAGAAGAUCUUGAGCAGCAUUCAGGACAUGAGGCUGCAGAUGAACCAGACGCUGCCAGUGCAGGUUUGACCACAGGGGACUCUGCAUUGGAACGGACCAAGGGAACCUGCCAAAAAGGUUCAGUUUGCGGUGCAGCCCAGCUUUUCCCCUCCACAUGGCGCUCCUCUGCCUCGGACGGUCGCUGGGACGGGAUGGGACGGGACGCCCUUCCCUGGAUCGAAGGCACUCAUGCUGAGGGAGCCCAGCUUUUCGUCCCUUGUCCUGGAAUGGCGAGGCAGCAACACAUCUUCAUAUUGAAGAUGGAUUAUGGGACAGAGAUGGCACAUCCCACUUCCCACCCUGUCUUGGUGCUCAUCGGUUUGAAGAGUUGUUCUGCUUCUUGGAUUUCUUUUCACCCUGUUUUCCCCCAGUCCUCACUUCCCUCACCUCCCUGAGGCCACAGACUGUUGACCCGUCCGCCGAGUCCGUCAGACAUGUCCGAAGCCUUCCCUAACUCUGUUCCCCACAUGGAAGCAGCCGGGGGAGGCUGAGCCAGCGACAGGGCUGGGGCCACCAGCCCCAGACAAUCACUCCUCUUCUCCAGCCCUGGCAAGCCCUCCGCCCAAGGGUCUGCACUGGAACGUGUCCGAAGGGAAGGCUUCGCUCCCUUUCUUGGCUUUGCACGCCAGAACCCGAACCCGAUUUACUAUGCAGGGAGUUAGGCAAAAAAAAAAAAAAAAAACCGGAAAAAAAAGAGAUAUAUUAAAAAAAGAUAAGAGGGAGCAGAAAGGGGAGGGAGGGGGACCAGGUGCCCGGCUCCUCAUCUCUUACCCUCUUGGUUCUCCUGGCCGGCUCUGGACUGCAGAGCGAGGCCAUCAGCACGUUUGCACAGGGACCCUCCGCCCCCGGACCGACGGCAGCCGCGCUCCCCCGAGGGGCCGGGAGCGGGGCUGGGGCGGGGGCUGCGCCGGGGGCCGCGGCUCCCCCAGCCUCCUCUUUUAUGCAGAAGGAGCAGGUGCCGCCGGCGCGGCUGCCCGCUCCUGACACACGCUGUGAUUGCUGCCAAAAGACUCACUCACCUUUCCCUGAGGAUUCACUGCAGCCCGGUUCCUCCGAGCCGAGGGAGAGACUCCCAGCGUGCCUGAGUGUGCGUGAGUGUGUGCAUGCGUGCGUGGGUGUGUGCUGGCCGCAGGACUGUGGGAGGCAAUGGGCAGAAUAAAGGCAAUAAGAAUUUUA